AUAAUAAAAGUAAACCGAAAGCACUUUUCACACACUGAAGAACUUGUAGUGUGCACUGACAGGAAGAGAUUUCCUAGUCUCUCUGGUUCUGGUACUGCACGGAAAAACAAACCAAAACUGAAAGAAAGUGGAAGUGAAACAAACAGUAAAUCUGCUCCAUAUGGCGACCAGCAAGAAUAAGACGAGUCUCAGAGAAGAUCUGACAUGUGCCAUCUGCUUUGAGCUCUUCAAAGACCCUGUGAUGCUGGGCUGCAUGCAUCACUUCUGCAGGAAAUGCAUUGUGUCAUACUGGAAGACAGUUAGAGGUCCUGUGUGCUGCCCUCAGUGCAGACAAGAGUUUCCCAACAAAUGCUUUCAGACCAACUACUUAGUAGCUGGUCUUGUGGAGAAGGUCAGGGCCAGCUCCACAUCUGCAUCUGUCAAGUAUCUGGAGAAGCAAUUAAAGGACCGCCUAGAAUCACAGGUCUCCAUGAAGGAGGCCUAUGCCACUAUGAUCCGUGAAGACAAAGACAAGAUGGAGAAAAUAAAAAAAAUGGGGGAUGAGCUGCAGGGGCGAGUGCACAGCGACUUCCAGGCUCUCCAUCACUUCCUGCGGGUGGAGGAGGAAGCCAUGUUGGAGGAGCUGAAGAGGGAGCAGGAGGAAAUGCUUCAGAGGCUGGAGCGACAUCUGGAGGCCCUACAGGUGGCCAUCAGAGACGUGGAGCAGAACAUCAACAUGCUACAACAGACUGCCAGCAGCACAGAACAAUCUGUACUUGUAGAGCUACCAGAAUUGAAUUCCAGACCACUUUUGCAAGAGAUGAAUAUCAACCUAAAUACUAUCAGAAGCAAACACAUUGCUCCUCUUCAAUACACUAUGUGGCGAAAAAUGUUUCGACAUUUGAAUCCAGGCCCAGCACCAUUGGUAUUUGAUGAGGACACUGCUCAUCCCAGUCUACAAGUUUCCAGGAACAAAACCCAAGUCAUUGAGAGUGACAAAAUAAUCAAUUUCCUGUGCAAUGCCAAACGCUUCCUUCAGUGUGUCAACAUUCUUGCAACAGAAGGCUUCCAGUCAGGCAGGCAUUACUGGGAAGUGGAUGUAAGUAACAAUCCUAAAUGGGACCUGGGUGUUGCUCUGGAAUCGGUGAAUCGUCAGGUCAUAGUCAAGCUGUGCCCUGAGAAUGGGUACUGGACCCUACGGCUGCGCAAUGGCAGUCAGUACUCAGCCGGCACACAGCCCUGGACGCCAGUGACUGUGAUGACCUCACCCAGCAGGGUUGGGGUAUUCCUGGAUUGUGAGGAAAGGAAAGUGUCUUUUUAUAAUGCAGAUAACAUGGCGCUGCUGUAUUCCUUCUCCAGUGGGCCGAGAGGAAAAGCAUUCCCCUUUUUUAGCACGUGCCUCAGUGAACGCGGUCAGAAAGCCCAAGCCAUCCGCAUCCUCCACUUCCCCUUUGAGUGUCCGUCAGAGAUGUAAAACAAAGCCUGUGGACACUUUAGUAACUUAAACUAUGCUCAAAAGUCUGCAGGUUAUUAUGAGUCUCUGAUCUUGUGCAACUCUUAUAAGGCUAAUCAGUCAUAAUAAGGUGAAUUUAUUUUGUUUAUUUUUGGUCAAACAGACAAAAGGGACCACACAAUCAAUCACAGAUAUCUGAUUUUACAAGAUUAAUUGACAUUAAUUAAUGACAGUAAUGGCAAUGUCAUGUUACACUUAGCUAAACUUUUGUUGUAUUUUAAUUAUAGAAUCUUUUUUAGAAUCAAAUUCUAUAGAAUAUUUUAUAUUUACAGAAUAUAAAGAGGCUACUGUUUCCUUUUUUCUUUUCUUUUUUUAGUUAAUUACAAAUACCAAAGAAAUGGUAAAUAAAUGUAUGAUGUAAAACCGUACAGAUUUUAAAAGUGAUUCUGAAAAAAUUACAACAGCAUUUUUUUUGUCAAUAUUCUUUUCAUCAUGGUCUUUAUAAAUAUGUAAAGUAAUUAUAGAUAUUAAUUGGAAAUUAAUUAAAAUACUCUGUUCAUUUCAAAUGCUACAAAUUUAUAGUGUUCUUUGUCUGUUUCAAAUGCUACAAAUUUAUAGUGUUCUUUGUCUGUUUGAUUACGUCAUUAAUUGAUCUUUACCAGACAUCUCUACCAUAUGUACAUCAAGCUACUACUACAUAUAUAGUAAAAAUGUCAAUUUGGUGUAAAGCUGCUUUGCAACGAUAUGUAUCGUGAAAAGCGCUAUACAAAUAAAUUUGAAUUGAAUUGAAAAAAUUCAUUUCAGUGGGUUGUCCAGUUGUUUUCACUUUCUUCAUUGAAAAACUGAGCAUGCUUCUAAUUCCUGAUUCAUCAGUAGUCAGUGUUUGUUUUCUCUGUGG